AUGCUAUAUCAUUUGGGAAAAAGAGCAAAACAUGUAGUAGCAAUACGUGAUCAUGAUACUCUCGUUGGACAAAUGGCAUCAUUCUUUAUCAGAUCUCGACGCGACACAGUACGGCUGGAAUGCUUUCUAGUUCAGCAAUCAACCACGAAGUUUCAUCGCUCUCAAGAUUGUCUCAGAUCUGAAGUAAUUAUGGAUGAAUUAAUGCACACAUUAGGCAAGUAUCUGUCACGUACAGAUCAUGACACAUAUGUACAUUUUAUUUCUAAGCUACUUUCAGAAGAAUUUCGAUCAACUCUCUAA